AGAAAUUCAUUGUCCCCACAAAUUUCUAGCUAUAGUGGCUAGUUAGUUUAUUGAGAGCGAGAUUUUUGCCAUGGCUGGUCAGUGUAUUGCUUACGUUGCACUGGCCCUUCUGUGUUUGGCAAGUUCUGUCGAUCUAGGUAUGGCUCAAGCCCAAUGUUUCAGUACUGAGAUAUUUGGUUGCAGUGGUACCAGUGCAGGAUUCAGGGCCUCAGGUCAGGACUGCUGUGAUGAUGGAUUCUUGGCUUUCAAUGCAGGAGGCGAUGUCUGUGAAUUGUGCUCAGGCAAUGUGCUUUGCUCGGCUAACCUUGGCUGCACUGCUGCCUUUGAGCCCAGUCAAGCUCAGGGUCGUGGCGAGUGUUGUGCUACUGGUGGGGGAGUGGCUUACACAGACAGUGCAGGAAGAUGUGUACCAUGUCCCACUAACAUCACCGGUUGCUUCGCUGGGAACCAGUGUGGUGGAGACAACAUCCCUCUCACCUUGAUUGAGUCAGCUGCUGCUCAAGUCAGAGAGUGCUGUGUCAGCACUGCCGGACUCUCCUACAACCUACUGGGACAAUGCAUCGACUGUGUUGUGUUUGGAUUUCUUGAGGAGAGGCUGGAAGAAGAGGAGAGGGGACAAGGCUAUACGGUUAGUAUUGGCUACAUCAAACGACCUGCCUCGGUUAACAAUCUUAUCAGAGGAAACAUCGCUGUAGCUGAUGGUGGGACUGCAGAUCCGGUCACAGAUUUUCAGAUCAGUACCGAGAGAUACACAGUUCGUCCGGGUGUGAAUCAAGAUAUCAUUGUUACGUAUCGAGUGGACAGUGUUGCUCAAGAGCCCAUGGAGUCUGCCCAACUGGAACUGAGUAUCAGUACAACACCACCUAGGGGAUUGCUGACACGUGACACAUUUGAGCUGGCUAUCAUCGACAGUGACAUGGUGAUAUUCCAGCUGACUGAGAACGAUUAUCGAUCCAGUGAAAGUGAGCUUCAAAUCAACGCUCAAGUGAACAAGAAUCUCCGUAUUGCCAGUCGAGUCGUGUUGGAGGUCACUCCGUACACUGUAGGAGAUGCCUUGCUGGCUGGUAUACCUGCACUACCCAACGUACCAGCUAACAACAACACUCGCUCCCCCAAUCGUGCUCUAAUCACACCUCAACGUCAAGAUUUCAAUGACAGUGUGAUUACUGUCGUUUUCGAAGCUGACGAAUUUGGUAACCAAGUGAACGAUGUUCCGGUUCCAGUGCCAAUAACUGAUGAUGAUAUUGAUGAGGCUCAAGAGGAAGUGUUUGUGAUUGACCUCACUCUUCAGUCGUCUAUAAAUUCUCAGAUUUCGAUUGGUCGUCGAAGUUCACUAGCUAGAAUCAACGAUGAUGACGACCUUCAAAUUGGUUUCGAAAAUAUAAGUUAUAACUUCAAUGAGCCUCAAUUUGAGGAAGAGAUUUCCGGGGUGGUGUUUCUGCGAAAGCAAAAUGGUCGAAUUACUGAACAAAGUUAUGUGGUUAUUGUCGGCAUCAAUGAAGCCACGCCCAAUGCGAACAUACGAGCAGCCACCCUAUCCACUGCAGUCGCAGACAAUGAUUACGUUGUAAGCCAACCUGGAGAAAAUACGAUUGUAUUAGAAUUUGGACCAAAUGAUCAAGUAUUGGAUUUCCCUUUUGUACUCUUCCCCGAUGAUAUUGCCGAGGGUACGGAAGCUUUCCAAGCGAGUUCCCAGCCUUCUGAAAAUCCACUGCAUCCAUCGUUUACUGCUCCCAGUGCUGAUGGUGAUGAUGUCCUGUUCCCCUCUACAUUCAUUGUCAUCGCAGAUGAUGAUCCUAUCGUUGUUGGAUUGGAGCAGAACUAUACUGUAUUUGAGAAUGUCAGCACAUUUGAAGUGUGCUUCCGAGUGAUGAACCCACCAGAUGAUCAGGAGUUUGGUUUGAGUCUCGACCUUGUCCCAGUGACUAAUGAUGGAAGUGCAAUAGGUGGUUUUGGUGGUGACUUCGUGCCCCUCACCCUUGAUGCUUUUAGAACUCUUGAUAGCAAUAAUCGCAGAGCUUGUGUGGACGUGAGGAUCAACCCUGAUAACAUAUACGAGGAGACAGAGAGCUUCUCUAUCUCACUAGAGUUCGAUGAGUUUGUGCCUCAGGAAGUGAGAGAUCAGGUCACCAUUGAACCAAGUGUGGUCAAUGUGGAAAUCCUAGACCUUACACCUCUCUCUAUUGGGUUUAUCAAUGCUCCUUACUCUGGUGCUGAGGCCGGGGAGGUGGUCAGCUUCCAGGUUGGUGUCACUAAUGGCGUCACACUCGGACGAGAAGUAACUGUUGAUUUCUCCACGAAUGAUCUAACCGGUCUUGGUGAAGGAAGAGCCGCCAUUGCUGGUUCUGACUACACUGCUAUAGCUGGUCAAUCCAUCACCUUUGGCCCAUCCAGUCUAACUUCCUCAGUGGAUGUAGUCAUUGAAGAAGACUCCAUUUUUGAGCUGACGGAAACUUUUGGAGGCUCUUUGUCUUUCUCUGGUUCUCUUGAAAGGUUUACACUCGGCCCAGAUACUGCUCAGGCAACCAUCACUGAUGAGGAUGUGGUCGUAUUUGGCUACAAUCCUGUCAGCUAUUCCUUUGGUGAGAACUCUGGAUCUAGUGAUGUCUCUGUCAGUAUCUCCAGCGGUGACCCGGGAGCUUUCCAACUGCUGGCACAAUAUCAGACACAAGAUCUAGUAACUGGAGGUGCACAAGCUGGCUUGGACUAUAUGGCCGGGAGUGGUAGUGUCCAGUUGACCUCUGGCCAGCAAACGACCUCUCACUCUGUGACCAUCCUUCCUGAUGAAUUUUCCGAGGGAAUCGAGUCAUUCGGGCUGACCCUCUCCAACCCGUCGAUCCAGUUUAAUGGCGUGGGCCUGAACCUCCAGGCCGAUGAGGCUGAUAGACUGCAGCUAGGCACUGAUACUGCUACCGUGGAGAUAUUAGAUGCUAAUGUUGCCCGUAUUGGUUUCCUGGAUACCUCCUAUGAUGUGAACGAAGCUGACGGCACAGUAGACUUCAGGAUUGGUGUCAUUGAGGGAAACCUGGCUGUCCCUGUCACUAUCAACUUUGCUACUUCUGACGGAUCAGCUAUUACUGGCAGUGGCAUUGGCAGUGGCAUUGGCAGUGGCAGUGACUACACUCAGGCCUCUACUUCUAUCACUCUGACUGGUCAGGGGGAGCAGGUCAUCUCAGUGGACCUUGAGAAUGAUCAGAUUUAUGAGUUUGCUGAGUCUUUCUCUGCCUCACUGAGUGCCUCUGGUGUGCUUCCCAGUUUUGUGACCCUGGGUCCAGACAUGGCUCAAGCUAACAUUGCUGACGAUGACACUGUGAUAAUCGGCUUUGUAACUGAUAGCUAUAAUGUGAGCGAGACUGACGGCCCUGUUGCCAUGAUGCUGUCUAUCCUGGACGGAGAGAUUGCCGAAGGUGUGGAAAUUUCUGUAAACUUCUUCACUCAAGAUGGAACUGCAAUUGUCAAACAGUCUCUGUAGAUAUUGAGAACGAUGAAUUCUUUGAGAACACCAUCGAGUCAUUCACUGGUAACCUGCAGUUGAUCGGAACACCCGAGCGUGUCACCAUACAACCUGCCGUUGCUACGGUGAACAUUGAGGAUGAAGAUGUGUUGGUGAUAGGAUUCCAGCCUGACCAGUACAGCGUUGUGGAAGGAGUCGACGCUACUGUUGAUCUGGUUGCCAUGGUUAUCUCUGGCUCGCUGGGUAGAGACAUUUCCAUUUCUUUCACUACACGAGAUGGAUCUGCAGUCGCCGGUAGUGACUACACUACGACAUUCCAAACGCUCACCUUCACUCCGACUGCCGACAGCCGCUCCGUUACCGUGGAGAUCCGCGAGGACAGUUCCGUAGAAUUGGAAGAGCAAUUUGAAGGCUUCCUAUUUGUGGACACGCCCAUUGAUAGGCUUACCAUCGCUCCUAUCGUGGCAAACGUUACCAUUGGCGACACAGACAGAGCUUCGAUUGGAUUUGAUCGCGCUGAAUACGAUGUCCUGGAGAAUGCUAUGUUUUCAAAUGUCACUAUUCGUCUUACUGGAAUGAUCGAUAGAGAGAUUGUUGUCAGGGUAACCACUCAAGAUGGCUCCGCUGUCUCUAUUGGCCCAGAGCCCGACUUUGUCAGUCACGACAUGUUAUACACGUUCACCCCGGGAGGUCCCUCGGAGAUUAUUGUACCAAUCAGAAUUCUCGACGAUCGCCUCCUCGAGAAUGAUGAAGAUAUCUCCUCAAUCAUCUCCCUAUCCACUGUCACUGAUGUCAUCGACCUAUCACCUGCUGAGGCUAAUAUUAGAAUUAUCGACGAUGAUCGAGUGGUGAUUGGUUUCACCCAGACUGUAUACCAAGCUACUGAAGAUGUAGACAGCAGCGUACAGCUGCUUGUGAACGUUCUCAUGGGUGAUCUCAGACGUGAUGUCAUUGUUAACUUUGCUACAGAGGACGGUUCUGCCCUCGAUGGAUCGGACUACACUGGUGUGACCCAGACUCUGACCUUUAACGAGGGGACAGUGUCCAUUCCCAUCACCGUGGAUAUACGAAGGGAUGACAUCAACGAGGUGUUGGAGCGUUUCAUUGGUCGAUUGACAACUGAUGAUGUUGACGUUAUCCUAUCACCCAACGUCACCACCGUAGAGAUUACUGAUAACGAUGCUGUGAAUGUGAGUUUCCAGCAGCCCAUCUACAUGUUCGCUGAGGGGGUGGGUACCGGAACAGUGUGUGUGGAGAAAGUGGGAGCCACCACUCAAUCUAUCUCCGUCAUGGUGACAGGACCAUUCCAAGCUGAGACUGGUAACAGAGUUGAUCGUGUUAUCACAUUCGCACCCGACCAGUUCUUACAAUGCAUUGAUUUUGGCAUCACCGACGAUCGUAUUGCACUGGAAGAGACUGAGAUGUUUAGCUGGACACUAAUGGUACAGGGAUCACCUGAGCUAGUCACUCUGGGGGAAAAUAGCGCUACCGAUAUCCUUAUCUUGGAUGAUGAUGUACUGUCUCUGACGGUGACCAAAGGAGAUGUGAUCCCUGAGAGCGCCACAACUGCUCGCACUUGCAUCACAUUCAGUAACCCCAUAGCCAGAGACGUUGAAGUGGAGAGAUCCACACAGAUGGGAGUACCUGAUAACAGCAGCACACCUGCUCCCGCUGGAAUAGCCAUACCUGGUGCUGACUUUACCACUAUCAGUUCCCCCCUCACAUUGACCCCCGAGAACAGUGUAACGGGCGAGAGAUGCUUCGAUAUUGAACUUUUACCAGAUGACAUUGUUGAAGAGGCUAUGGAAUGCUUCACGGUUGAGUUGUCACUACCUGAGGCUGAUAGACAGAGCAUUUUAUUGUCAGGCGGAACACAGAUUUGCUGUAUCCAAGACGAUGACUUUGUGACGAUUGGCUUUGAUCCUGUGCCCUACCUUGUGGAGGAAGAUGAUGGAACAGUGACACUCAACGUUAGGAUCAUCUCCGGUCAACUUGCUCGACCGGUUGAAGCUCUAGUAACCACUGAAGAGGGUUCCGCCACUUCAACAACACCGGCCGAUUUUAUCAACCCUGGAACAGUCACGCUACAGUUUGAUGGCCUUGCCACCAUGCAGACCGUUGUUAUCAAUAUUGAGAAUGAUGAUAUUUUUGAGAAUCCAGAGAUGUUUUUCGCCAAUUUGGUCAGUUUUGACCCAGCUGUUAACAUUGCCCCAGGCCGUGCUGAGAUUACUAUUGUGGAAGAUUCUGAGAACAAUGAUAGUCCUAUCAUUGGUUUCGUGCCGGACGUCUAUUCUGUCCAGGAGGAUGAUGGCAGCGUUGUCUUCAAUGUACAGAUUAUCAGUGGUAGCUUAGAGCGUGAUGUCUCAGUAACCUUUAUGACCCAAUCCGGAACAGCCACCGAGGAGGCUCCUGCGGACUAUGUUGGUUCUACUCAGACACUCACGUUCACUCCCAAUGUCUUACAACUUACCGCCCCUGUCACCAUCAUCAACGACACGAUUGUCGAGGACGACGAGAGCUUCACCGCUACACUAACCGUCGCCAAUCCUGAUGACGCUACCCUCUUACCUGCUGUUGCCACGGCAACCAUAUCCGGAGACGAACCCAAUGAUUUCGUCACUAUUGGCCUGGAGGGAGACUACAGUGUCACAGAGGGCGGUGUGCAGGAAGUGUGCGCUGUACUGGUAUCCGGAACACUGGAGCGUGACGCCAUCGUAACCCUUAGUACAGCUGAUGGCAGCGCCAUCGCUCCCGGUGACUACAGUCCACUAUCGGUUAUGCUAUUGUUCAAUGCUGGUACUGCUCGAGCGUGUGCUAACCUUAUCACUGAGACUGACGAGGUGGUGGAAGGUUUGGAGACUCUAGAGCUGAGACUGACAACUGAUGACUCAGCAGUUAUCCUCAAUCCAGACACAUCCAAUGUUGAGAUUGUCGACAUUAAUAUGAUUGUGAUUGGUAUUCAAGAGACAGAGAUACCUGUAACUGAAGACACAGGAGUAGUGGAGGUGUGUGCAGUGGUCCUCAGUGGGGACCUGGAGAGAGAUGUUCCCUUCACCCUCACCUCUGCUGACGGAACAGCUAUCGCCCCUGGUGAUUAUACGAGCUUGUCUGGUGGUGAUCUCGUGUUCACCUCCGAGAUCCGUGAAGUUUGCGUUAAUGUCAAUAUUGAAGUCGAUGAUGUAUAUGAGAAUGACGAGACCUUCACUGUCACCGUAGCAACCGAUGACGAUCAGGCAUCCGUCCAACCAGAUCGCACUACAGGAACUGUGACGAUUGCUGAUGAUGAUUCUAUCACGAUUGGCUUUGUCCCUACUCUCGUCUCCGCCUCUGAAUCAGAUGGUACUGUACAGCUGUGUGCACGAGUCAUUGAUGGUAACACUGACCUGGAGAGAGAUGUGGUCAUCAACUUCAAUACUGCCGAUGGUGACAGAGCAGCCAGCGACAAUGCCGCCAUUGCUCCUGGUGACUACAAUUCCUUGACUAGUCAGCUGACCUUCCGUGCUGGACAGAUUGAGCAGUGCGUAGAUGUUACUAUCAAUAUAGACGAUCUCACCGAGGGUGCUGAAGUAUUUAGUGGUAUUAUAACUAACGAUGCUGGAAACCCACGAGUGACCCUGAGUCCCGAUGAAGCUGUGGUCACCAUUGUCGAUGUCAAUGAUGUUGUGAUUGGCUACUUGGAUCAGCCCUACUCUUUCUCUGAGGACGGUGGAGUGGCCACUGUCCGUGUUGGUGUGGUGAACGGUAUCCUUAGGGACGACCUUGUAAUCAAUAUCCAAUCAGAAGACCGACCAGGAAUUGCAAAUCCUGCUUUUCCUGGUACCGACUACCAAUCAAUCAACCUUAACCUCACGUUCAAUGCUGGCGUCACUGAGAUUAAUGUGCCCAUCACACUACUCCCUGACAACUUUGUAGAGGGGAACGAACUGUUUAACACUCGGCUCACCAUAGUAACGCAGGGACUGGGGGCCAUGAUUGAGAACAAUAUGCCCAUUGCACCCGUAGAGAUUCUGGAUGAAGACAGUAUUCGAGUUGCAUUUGAGAUUCCUGAAAGGACUGAGCUGGAGACUGUCGGAGAUGUGGAGGUGUGUGCAGUGGUCGUCGAGGGCAUUCUCGCUAGAGAGGCCAUCGUCACUGUUGCCAGUAGAGACGGAUCCGCGUUGGCUGGUGAGGACUAUGAACAGUUCAGCGUUGAUUUGUCCUUUGACGCCGACACUAACCGUGCCUGUUUCACUGUUACCGUCACUAACGACACUCGUUACGAGCUACCCGAAUCAUUUGACCUUGUACUGACCUCUAGCGAUGAUUCUGUGAUAAUCGACGAGCCAACCAGCGUCUUCAACAUCAACGAUGAUGAUGUGGUCGUGAUUGGAUUCCCUCAGGAGGUGUACGAUGUGACUGAAGACAUUGGCGAUGCUCCAAUAACAGUGCAAAUCAUCAGUGGAGAACUAGCUGAUGGAGUAUCAGUUGAUAUCUUCUUCUCCAACCAAAAUGUGACAGCUUUUGAUGGCUCUGACUACACUGCCGUGACCCGUACUCUCACCUUCACCUCGACCAUCACCAGUAUCCCAGUGCCUGUCCGCAUUCUGGACGAUAUGGUGUAUGAAGACUUAGAAGUAUUUGUGGCCACUCUCAGUGAAGCAUCGUUGGACCGUAUCACUGUGACUCCUGGAGCUGCUAUUGUCAAUAUUGCUGACGAAGAUGUUAUCACAAUUGGUUUUGUUGAGACUGGUGUCACGGUGGGUGAAGGUGGUAAUGCUGGUCUCCAGGUGGCGGUCAUCUCCGGCAUGCUAGAUGCAGAGAUCCAGGUGCAGGUCACCACAAGAGAUGGAUCAGCCUCUUCUGUUAACAAUGCUGACUACUCAAGUGUGAUACAGCCACUAACAUUCACGACCACCACUGAUGUCGGAGAUGUCUCUGUUCUCAUCUCUGAGGACGAAAUAUCUGAAUCACUAGAGAACUUCUUUGCUGACCUGUCUUUACUCACUAACACAGACAGAGUGACCAUUGCUCCAGCUGAGGCCACUGUGGAAAUUGUGGAUAAUGACGUUGUGAGGAUUGGCUUUGAGCAAGAGGUGUACCCAGCCUUUGAGAACGUAACUGCGAUGAUCUGUGCUAGGUUAUUGUCCGACUCCCCCUCUCUUGACCGUGAGGUAGUCGUCACUAUCCGCAGCUCUGACGGAACAGCCACUGCCCCUGCCGAUUAUAUGCAAAUUGUGGAGCAGCUUACCUUUGGCCCGGGUGUAUCUCGUGUCUGUGUGGAGGUGCUGCCUGUGGACGACGGUCUGGUGGAGGGACCAGAGACCUUCAACGUCACACUUACUAGCAAUGAUAAUGUUGUUUUGGUACCCGACGUGGCUACUGUUGUUAUUCAAGAGCUCGAUAUGAUCCUUGUGAUGUUUGAACGUCCAACGUACACAUUCACUGAGAACGAAAUCACUGGCAGCGUGGUCGUGGUCAAGACUGGAAUCACUGACCAACCAUUCUCCGUACAAGUCACCGGAGGUCCCAGCACUCAAACGGACGUGGUAAUCUCUGCCUCUGGAUUCAACGAAGUGGUGACAUUUGAAGCUGGUCCAGAUGCCGACAAUUCCAUCACUGUGCAGUUCACUCUGACAGACGAUGAUGUUGCACUCGAGGCAAUUGAGAGCUACAUUGGUAGUCUCGACAUUGUGGGUAACCCUGAGGGCGUGAUUCUUGGCAUGAUCGACACGACAAUCGUCAAUGUCCGGGACGAUGAUGUUGUCACGGUGACCUUUGGCCGCCCUGAACUAACAGUGGACGAAGGUGUGGGUAACUUCACGAUGUGCGUCACUCUCGACCGAGAGACCCUACAACCUGUUACCGUGACAAUUGAAGCCAGAGAUGGAUCCGCUAUCUCUCCAGGAGACUUCAAUGCCGGCUCCAUCCCGACUUCACUGACUAUCCCAGCUGGCGCCACAAGUGCUUGUUUUGAGGGAAUGAUUGUCGAUGACACUAUUGAUGAGGACACAGAAUCGUUUACCCUCGUUAUCACAGGGGUCACCCCUGAGGGCGUGGUUAUCGGUGGGGACACCACUGUUAUCUCCAUCACUGAUAAUGACGUUGUGGUGAUUGGCUUUGAGCAAGAGGUGUACCCAGCCUUUGAGAACGUAACUGCGAUGAUCUGUGCUAGGUUAUUGCCCGACUCCCCCUCUCUUGACCGUGAGGUAGUCGUCACUAUCCGCAGCUCUGACGGAACAGCCACUGCCCCUGCCGAUUAUAAUGCGAUCAUAGAGCAGCUUACCUUUGGCCCGGGUGUAUCUCGUGUCUGUGUGGAGGUACUGACUGUGGACGACGGUCUGGUGGAGGGACUAGAAAACUUCACCGUCACACUUACGAGCGAUAAUGAUGAUGUCGUUUUGGUACCCGAUGUGGCUACUGUUGUUAUUCAAGAGCUCGAUAUGGUCUUUGUGAUGUUUGAACGUCCAACGUACACAUUCACUGAGAACGGAAUCACUGGCAGCGUGGUCGUGGUCAAGACUGGAGUCACUGACCAACCAUUCUCCGUACGAGUCACCGGAGGUCCCAGCACUCAAACAGAUGUGGAAAUCUCCGCCUCUGGAUUUGACGAAGUGGUGACAUUUGAAGCUGGUUCAGAUGCCGACAAUUCCAUCACCGUGCAGUUCACUCUGACAGACGAUGAGGUUGCACUUGAGGCAAUUGAGAGUUACAUCGGUAGUCUCGACAUUGUGGGUAACCCUGAGGGCGUGACUCUUGGCAUGAUCGACACGACAAUCGUCAAUGUCCAGGACGAUGAUGUUGUCACGGUGACCUUUGGCCGCCCUGAACUAACAGUGGACGAAGGUGUGGGUAACUUCACGAUGUGCGUCACUCUCGACCGAGAGACCCUACAACCUGUUACCGUAACGAUUGAAGCCAGAGAUGGAUCUGCUGUUUCUCCAGGAGACUUCAAUGCCGGCUCCAUCCCGACUUCACUGACUAUCCCAGCUGGCGCCACAAGUGCUUGUUUUGAGGGGAUGAUUGUCGAUGAUACCAUCGUGGAGGACACAGAAUCAUUUACCCUCGUUAUCACAGGGGUCACCCCUGAGGGUGUGGUUAUCGGCGGGGACACCACUGUCAUCUCCAUCACUGUGAUGAUCUACCAGCUUUGGCCAAUGCAGUCAUUAGCUACAGUAGUGCCAUCUCCCCACGACCGAUAGACACUGUAGCCACUUACCAAUGUGUGGAUAGAUAUACUUUGGAGGGUUCCGUCACAAGGACUUGUGGGGAAGAUGGGAUGUUCGAUGGAGAGGAACCUCGCUGUGUCUUGAUACAUCCGGUUGUGAUCAUGUUCAGUAGGGCCACAUUCUCAUUUGGUGAGAGUGAUAGACAAGGCUUCGUGGAACUAGUGGCAAACGUGGCUCCCGCUCAAGACCUUGACUUCAUAGUCACCGGAGGUCCCAGCAUUCAAGACUUUGUGGUGGUGUCGGCAGCUGGUCUUCCUGGUCAGAUCACACUCUCUGCCGGCCAGACGUCUGUCCGAGUGCCGUUUACCAUCAAUAACGAUGAGGUUGGUCUGGAGGAUCUGGAGACGUAUUUGGCAUCUCUUUCCCUCACCUCUGAGGCUAUUGCCGCUGGACACUCUUUGGGAGCUCUAACUCAAGCCACUGUGUCAGUCACGGACGAUGACGCUGUCGAUGUGAGUGUGGGUCAGACAACAUACAGUGCUCAAGAAUCUGACGGCUCAGUCACUCUCUCCUAUGUGCUCAACCGAGAGGCUGUCAGAGACGUGUCAUUUGAUGUCAUCAACACUGACAGAACAGCCACCGGUGGUGGUGUCGAUUAUGUCUCUGCUGGCUACUCUCUGAACAUUCCUGCCGGUCAAACUGGUGUGACCAGAAGUGUUUCCAUAACGAUGGACAAUCUAGGAUUUGAAGGAGACAAGAACUUUGUCAACAGCAUAUCUAGCAUUAGCACUGUUGGUGUGGGGGCGGGUGAACCUGAUGCCACAGUUACCAUUCAAGACUCAGAUGCUAUUCAGAUUAUGUUUAGCAUGGCGAUAUUCUCGUUUGCUGAGAAUGUUGAGGGUGUUCAAGGCUUUGUGGAUAUCGUGAGCAACAUACCAGCUGCACAAAGCUUCACAUUCAACAUUAAUGGAGGUCCCAGCACUCAAGACUUCGUGGUUGUGUCGGCAGCUGGUCUUCCUGGUCAGGUGACAUUCCCUGCUGGCCAGACGACUGUCCGAGUGCCGUUCAACAUCAAUAACGAUGAGGUUGGUUUGGAGGAUCUGGAGAGCUAUUUGGCAUCUCUCUCCCUCACCUCUGAGGCUAUUGCUGGUGGAGUAUCUCUGGGAGCUAUCUCUCAAGCCGAUGUACAAGUGGUGGAUGAUGAUGAGGUCAGUGUGAGUGUGGGUCAGACAACAUACAGUGCUCAAGAAUCUGACGGCUCAGUCACUCUCUCCUAUGUGCUCAACCGAGAGGCUGUCAGAGACGUCUCAUUUGAUGUCAUCAACACUGACGGAACAGCCACUGGUGGUGGUAUCGAUUACGAUUCUGCUGGCUACUCUCUGAAUAUUCCAGCCGGUCAAACUAGUGUGUCCAGAACCGUUUCCAUAACGAUGGAUGGUGUAGCAGGAGAGACACCCCCUGAAACCUUCAGUAAUUCUAUCAGUUCGAUCAACACAGUUAGUGUAGUCGCUGGUCCAGCCGAGGCAACUGUCCAGAUCCUGGAUUCAGAUGUACCAGUUACCGUGUCAUUCGGAGAAAUUGAAUACAACUUUGUUGAGAACGGGGUUACAGGCACUAUUCGAGUGGUGACCUCAAGACCCUCUCCUGUUGACUUCUCAUUUACCGUUACUGCACCUCUCAGUGAUACCCAGUUCAUAGCCCCAUCCGGUGGAUCCAUUGACGUCACUGCAACCUUCCCAGCCGGUGCCAGUUCGUUUGACAUCACAUUUCCCAUUUAUGAUAAUGUCGUUGCCCUUGAGGCGGUAGAGGAACUAAUUGCCUCGCUGAGCCUUAACAAUGUACCCACUGGAGUGGAACUCGGCACGCCCAGUGUGACUGUUAUCAGGAUACAAGAUGAUGAUGACUUUUCUGUUGGUUUUGUCAAUGACCAAGUUCCUGUUUCUGAAAGCGAUGGUAGUGUUACCCUCAACAUUGUGAGCACUCAAGCAGCUCGUCCAGUGCAAAUCACUGUUAUCACUCAAGACAUUAUUGGCGGAGUAAGACCAGCAACGGCUGAUGUUGACUACAACAUUACUAUGGCAGAGAUAACCAUCCCAGCGUUUACUACAUCCACUGACUUCACCGUGGGGAUUAUCACCGAUAACGUUGUUGAAGUUGAUGAAGUCUUUCGAGCUGUAAUAGUUGGAGCUGCAGCUGACGAGGAACCAUUACCCGUUAGUCAGCCCCAGAGUGAGGUCACCAUUGUAGACGAUGAUGCACAAUGCCCCCCUCUGCCAGAGAUAGCCAAUGGAAUGAUCACUUAUCUUCCUGAUAACACUCCUGAUUACGACGUCGGAACUACGGCCAGUUACGUUUGUGAAGAUGGAUUUACUCUCAGUGGAGAUGUAACUAGAGAUUGUCAAUCUGACAGAACAUUUUCUGGCAUGGAACCUGUAUGCUCUAUGAUUCCUCUUUGCGUUGAACUGGAAGUCAUUGAAAAUGGACGCGUUGAAUACAACGAUGAUCCCUUCUCAGUGGGCACUGUGGCCACUUACUUCUGCAACACUGGCUACGCUCUUGUUGAUGGACCUGAUAACAAAAUUUGUAUAGAAUCAGAAGGGGGGAAUGUAGUGUUUGACCCACCUCAAACACCAGUCUGCGACCCUGAAUGUGAUCAGAUCUUUGUUCCACCGAAUGCAAUUGUGACCUACAACACUGAACCUGUCCCACCAUUUCCUGCUGGAGCUUUAGCUAUGUUUGAAUGUGUUGAUGGAUUCAGUCCAGUAACUACUAGCCCUGGACAACCCACUACAUUCCCACUACCCGGUGAGCUGAUCUUCCUCGAGUGUGGCGAGAUAAUACAGGGAGGAGGCGGAGUCUUUGUGAGGAACGGAACAUCUUCCCAAGUUGAACUCAACUGUACACGGGAUUGUGUAGAGCUCCCAGCUAUAACCAAUGGGAUGAUCUCGUACUCUCCUGACAUGACGGCUAACUACUCUGCUGGAACAGUGGCCACUUACACGUGUGACGAUGGAUUUGGACUGGUACCAGGAGUGGGCAACUCAAUGAGGACUUGCCUACCACAGAUGUCGGGUGAUGAUCCUAGGUCAGAAUUUGAUGGAGCAGAACCAAGAUGUGAACCCGUAUGCAUGGAGCUAGCGAUGAUACCCAAUGGAAUGAUCUCGUACUCUCCUGACAUGACUGCUCUGUACUCUGUGGACACUGUGGCCACUUACACUUGUAACAGUGGUUUCCGAUUCGUGGCUGGAGUGGGUGAUCAGAUGAGAACUUGCACAGAAACCACAGAGAGUGACAGCACCGUGGUUUCAGGGGCAGAAUUCAGUGGCAUGGCUCCAAGCUGUGAACCAGUUGUUUUUUGUGCUGAGCUUGCAAUGAUAACCAAUGGAGGGAUUGUCUACACCGAUGAUAUGACUGCUCCUUACGACGUUGGAACUGUGGCCAUCUACAGCUGCAAUCCAGAUUUUGUGCUCAGGGGAGGAAAUGUGGUGCGGUUUUGUGUGGAUGCUGGUGAUGGUAGCGGUGUCAGAUUUGAUGGGGAGGCUCCAACUUGCCAACUAUUGGUUAUCCCUCCCGACGCUGUGACGGUGGGGAUAGAAUCCGCUCGUGUUACAGUGUCAGAGAGCCAAAAUGUGGUGGGUGUGGUUAUUGUUAAAGACCCCACCCCAAGAGACCUCCUGGUGACAGUACGACUGGACAGCAUCACGGCUACAGGUGGUGUUGACUACGGCCCAUUCUCAAACCCCAUUAUCCGACUCCCAGCCCUCCUUCCAGCCAACGACACUCGAGUCCCAUUCUUUAUUCCCCUCAUGGACGAUAAUAUUGUGGAAAACACGGAAACAUUUCGUGUGGGCCUGGAAUCACGUGACAGUAGUGUGAUUGUCGUGGGGAUUGAUAGUACUAUUGUGUCUAUUGAGGACGACGAUGUUGUGGAGUUUACUCUUAGUUUGAGGGAUGGAUCACCAAUCGUCACCGAGGGCAACCUGCAGUUGACCUUUAACCUCAAUAAAGAGGGUGUGGCCGUUCGUAAUGUCGACAUUGUUGUACGGACUCAAGACGGCAGCACUACAGGUGGCGGCGAUUAUACAAUUCUGGAGCUCCCGUUAACCUUUGCACCCUCCGAGUCCCUUAUGGAAUUCACCGUGGAUAUCCGUGAUGACUCUAUUGUGGAAACCAUGGAAAUGUUCUCUGUGACCUUUGAACCUGCCGUCGGAGAGACGGGGGUAGCUCCGAUCACCACGGAAACUGUCAUCACGAUUGUGGAUGAUAAUGAUUUUGUUAGCGUGGGCUUGGUUCCACCCUCUCCUCGUCUAGGAGAAGGGGCCACUGGACUAGUGCAACUGGAGAGCUCUGGAAACAAUGAAAUACCUGUCACCGUGGCAAUAGAUGUGGCUAACUUUGGCACUGCAACUGUUGGACUAGACUUUUACCUCAACGUCUCUAACAUAACCUUUGAACCUGGAGUUGCAUCUCUUUUCAUCCCCGUGGUUGCCGUUAGCGAUGGCCUGUACGAGGGAGAAGAUGAAUCGGUGAUUCUGAUUGGUCGACCAGGAGACGGAGAGACGAGAGUACGGGUAAUUCCUGGGUCAGAGCAAGCAACCUUCGUACUGACUGACACAGAUAGUGUGAGCGUGGGGUUCCUAAUGUCAGUGAUGACUGUGAGCGAAUCAUCUGGACCUGUUGACGUUGCCAUAGGGCUGGUAAAUGGUCGCCUAGCAACAGAUGUGGUCCUCAGAGUGGACGCUACAGGAGAUCUAGCAGAAAUGGAUGACUUUGAUUUUCAGAGCGUUGAAUUAACCUUUGGACCUGGACAACCCAAUGUUUCCGUAGUGACAAUUGGUAUUAGGGACGACAGUGUGUUCGAGGGGAGAGAAGGGUUUUCCCUCUCGUUAACGAGCGACAGCCCCCGAGUGGACUUUGACCCCCAGAUACUCCAAGUACUCAUUGUUGACAAUGAAGAUCUUAUUGUGCUGUUCUCCUCAACUGUCUACACUGCUCAAGAAACUGACCCAUCGGUCGAGGUCAGAGUUCAACUAGGUCCAGGCAUACAGCUGCAGCGAGACAUCACCCUUGAUCUUCGAACCUCAGAUGGAGUUCCGCCCACUGGAGCAACGAGUGGAUUGGACUUUGAACCAGUGAAUACCACACUGACCUUUGGACCUGGUGUCACCACGGCAAAUCGUACUAUAAUGCUAUUGGACGAUGAGAUCAGUGAAGGCCUUGAAAACUUUGAGGUCCAGGUGGUACUAGUCAACGAGGAGCUUGGUGAUCCCGGCGUGAUAGUGUCUGCAAGAGUGCUCGUGUUCGACAACGAGGAUAUAUUUGUGAGCUUGUCUAGUAUGGAGUAUAUUGUCGAAGAGGGGCGUGGUCUGGUUGUCAUAGCAAUCGACAAAUCCGGCAUCACCCCUGGCAACCAAGAUACCUUAGUACUGCUCACACUUUCAGACGGGACAGCUAUAGGGGGUACCGUAGACUAUGGACCAUUCCCGGUAGCCACACCCACCACACUCCCUGCACUCCUAUUGGCUAACGACACUCGGACGUUGUUUGGAAUCCCUGUAACCAACGACAACCUGGUGGAAGGGGACGAGUCGUUCUUUGUUGCCUUGAGUAUCGCUAACGAGCUGAGUAGAGAAAACGGGGGCAUCGUGUUCCUAGGAAACCUCACCAUGGCAACUGUUGUGAUAACUGAUAACGAUGUGAUAAAUGUGUUGCUAGUAGUUAGUGGACAGGAAAUGGGUGUGGUCACUGUAGAGGAAGGGGGUGUGGCAAUUUCCCUCUCGGCAGUGAGAAACGAUAACGUGAGAUUGGCACGGAACGUGACCAUGGUUGCCAGGACGACUGCAGGCACGGCUCAAGGUUUCACUGAUUUUUCGCCGGCUACAAUUGCGUUGGAAUUUUUGGCUGGAGUGCAAAUGAUGGCUUUUUCUGUGUUCCUAUUGGAGGAUACUGUUGCCGAGGGUAACGAGAGCUUCACGGUCACACUAGACAGUUCAGAUCCUGGGGUGGUCAUAUCUAGUGGCACUGUGGAGAUCAUCAUUGUAGACAAUGACGUUGCUUUAGUAAAUUUUGCUCAAGAGAUUUACGAUGCGUUUGAAUUGGAUCGUUCAGUGGAGGUGUGUCUUACUAAGAGUGCUGAUACAGCAAUUCCCGUCAUCAUAUCACUGGUUCCCAUGGAAACAGUCAAUCCACCUGAUGACGCAGUACCAGCUCUCGCGACUAUCGAUUUUGAUGCCACGCCCAUCAAUGUGACCUUUGCCCCCACGGCUACUCAAGCGUGUGUCCGUGUGAGUGUGUUUCAGGAUAAUCUAAGGGGAGAAGGCUUAGAGGUGUUCUCACUGACACUGGCUGGUCUGGAGGGACAGGCCGCCAUUAUUGGGAGAGGAGAUCGAAGCAUCGUCAACGUGUUACUCAAUGAUGUGCCUGAUGUGAUUGUUGGUAUUGCUACUCUCUCCCCGGUGGCAGUAGUGGAGGGGGCGGGACGUGUGGAGGUGUGUGUGACUGUCUUUAACCCCGCCCCCAGCGAACCACUCAACACCACUCUCACUGUCACCAUAGAAACCAUCUCUGGCACUGCCGAUGACACUGACUACACUCCAGUUACUGCUGUCCUUGUUCUCGACAAUGGACUACGAUCAGAUUGUUUCCAGGUUCGUAUCCUUGACGAUGACCUUUUUGAGGACCCAGUACUUGAAGAAUUCAAUCUAAACAUUCUAAGUGUCGAAUCUACGAACCUUGACUUUCGUGUUCUUACAUCACCCGCUAACGUUACCGUGGUGAUAGGGGAUGAUGAUCGAAGUGUGACAAUUGGAUUCAGUGACGUAUUUUAUUCUGUCAACGAAAGCGAUAGUGUCCGAGUGUGUGUUGCCGUGACGAUACCUCCACCAAUGGAACGAUUCACCCAACAAGAAAUUGUUCUCCUGGUAUCAACUUUACCGGGAACUGCAAAUGAAUCUGAUUAUAUGUCAUUUUCUGAUCGUGUUGUUGGAACCGUGAGCAACAACAAUCGAGAGACGUGCUUCGUAGUGGAGGUAAUAAACGACGAGAUAAUCGAGCAGUCGGAGGAAACGUUCAGUCUCGUAUUAUCAGUUGAGGUUCCAAUGGAUAGUGACCUCUCUGUGUCACUUGACCCUUCAGUGGCAAUUGUUAUUAUAACAGAUGAUGAUGAGCCACCUCCUCCGCCCACACCCACCAUCACAACACCCACGCCCACACUGGGCACAACACCCACCCCCACAGUCACACUGGGCACAACACCGACACCCACAGUCAUAGUGGGCACAACACCUACACCCACGCCCAUCCCAACGACCACACCCACACCUGUUGUCCGUGGGAACGAUACGAUUGUGGGCGACCCACUCUUCUCAGUACCUCUCAAUUUAGUCGAUGGUUCGGAGCUAUUGGAACUAAAAACACUCCUGCACCUAUGCUACGAAAUCCAUGGCCGCCCGGACACGUACUUUAACCUUGUAUCUGAUGAGUGUACCAAUAUCAAUGCUUACUAUACUGGCGUUGUCCCGGAUACCACUGACAGCCUUGGACUUAAUAUCAUCACGCAAAUCGGUGUACGUGCAAUCGAUUCGCAGGGAAAUUGUGUGCGUGUGCGCAUCGACUCGGCUAGUAACUGUACGCCGGUUGUCAUGACAUCGGGAGGGGGUGUGGUCAGCGAAAUUCGAUACGAUCGUGAUGGUGUGAUAGUGUCAAAAGUUCGAAACCGAGUGAGAGUUUCUGUUCCAAACUGUGGCGGUAAUCGUCUUGUCAUGUGGGUCACCUGUGAAGCCCCAGGGGGUAUGAUGCGAUUUGACAUCACAAGGGGAGUAGGGCUAACCCCCACGUCCCACGGGCUUCUCGGUCAAUUCUGGAAUGUUCCGGUGACCAUACGCAAGUACACGUACACAGGUGGCGAAGAACUCUAUCUUGACGUAGACCAGUUAUACGUUGUUACGGUUACACAUCCGAAUACCGGGAGCACUCGCCGAUUUAUUGCUGAAUUCGGACGACAAAUCUGGGACCUCUCUAAUAAAGAUUGUUUGUAUGCAGGAAACAUUCAAGGUGGUCGCCUUGGUGAUAUUGAUGACGCUAGCGUUAGUGACUCCGUUGUCGAGGGGAGAUACUCACAGUAUGUUGUAGACGGACUUUUUGAUCAUGAUUUUGACUAUUUUCACUUUAACGCAGACAGUUGUAUCUAGUUAAUCAGAGGUAUGUAAUUACGUUGCCAAUAACUGUACACAGGUUAGAUAAUUAAUACUGUAAUUAUUGUGCUUCUUUCUCAUUUUCAUUUCUCAAAACAUAAAUAUGAUGAUUCUACGCAUAA